AUGGUCUCCCUUGCUCCUGCCCAGUUGCUUCUGGGUUGCAUCGUGUUGCUCUCGCUGAACACGGAUAUCGAAGUUUUCACCCAGGCUUAUGGAUUUGUGGAGCUCUUCUGUGGCUAUGGAUGGACUUCAGCUGUUAUGAGGAGCCACAAUGUUCAUACGGCAUCUUUUGACAUUGAACUUGGCAAUCCUCCGGAGGGUAAACAGAACAAUAUGGAUCUAACGACCCCAGCUGGAUUUGGGCUAGCCUUGGUAACCUUGCUGAACUGCAAAUUUGACAACUUUCUCACACUGGUUGGCUUAUGCUGCAAGAGCUAUGUCACAAUUUCGAGUGGGACACAUAAACGUGAACCAUGGAAUCCCUUGGGCGAUUGCUCCAUAGACAUGGUGGCUCUUGGAAACAAGCUCACAUCAGUGACAGUGCUUCUCCUGAUGAUGGUUUCAGCCCUCAAUGGGGCCUGGCUUUUAGAACAGCCCCGUUCAUCACGACUCCAAGGUCACCCCAGAAUAAGACAAUUGUGGCAUGCUGUUCCCAGAGUGUACGAAUCGGCCUGGUGGAUGAUGUUGUAUGGCUCCAUCACGCCAAAGAGGCACAUUGCUUGGUCGAAUGCUCGGACUGUAAAGGUCCUGGAUCUUGGCCGGCUGCUUCGGGAAGUCAAAGAAAGAAUGUCCAGUAAAGUUCGCAAGAGUUCUAAAACCUAUCGGAACCGCCGGGGUGGCAAGUCAUUUGUUGGCACACGCCACUUACGUGCUACACAGACUUAUCCUCCACGAUUUGCAAUGCGCAUUGCGAAGUACUAUGAUAGGUUCUGUUUCAAGCGGGAGGCACUCUGGUCAACAACAGAUACUUCCAACCUUACUGCCAAACAAAUCUUUGAUCGAAUGCCCUGGGAUGAGGAUGGCUGGGAUGAUGCCGGUCUGAAAGACCUGUUUCUAUAUCUUAGAGGGGCCAAAGGUCUUGAGCUUGGUGAUUGGCGGCCAUACUUCCCAACCAACAUAUAA